AUGAAGCUCGUCCUCGUUGCCGCGGCUCUCUCCGCCGUCUCCUACGCCCAGAUCGACAUGGCCAAGAUCACCGACUGCAGCGCUCUCUUCGACGAGUGCCGCGGCGGUCCUGAUGCCAACCAGGCCAUAUGUGCUGCCGCCAAGGCCCAGUGCGAGCAGUGCCAGACCGACUACAACCAGUGCCGUGCGCCUGGCAACGGCGUCUCUGGCAACCAGGCUGGCUGCGCAGCCCAAGUGGCCUCCUGCGUCGGAUCCGCCUUCCCCUCGCUGAGCUCCUCGCUGAGCGGUGCCUCAACCGACGACUCGGACGAUUGCCAGGCAACCUACAAGUCCUGCGUCGCCGGUGGCAAGAACGAGGAGCUCUGUGGCUGUGACCUGGCCACCUGCGCCGGCGAGGACAACGCCCGCACGCGCGACUACUGUGCCACCGUGUCCGCCUCCGCGGCCGCGCCCUCGAGCACCGCCACGAGCACGGGCAGCAGCGACAAGUGCCAGUCGUCCUACAAGGCCUGCAUCGCCGGCGGCAAGGGCGAGGAGCUCUGCGGCUGCGACCUCGCCACCUGCGCCGGCGAGGACAACGCCCGCACCCGCGACUACUGCGCCGCCGUGUCGGCCUCGGCCUCCGGGUCCGCCCCCGCGAGCACCGCUACCGCGGCGGCCGCCGACAGCGACGACUGCCAGGCCACGUGGCGCCAGUGCGUCGCCGGCGGCCGCAGCGAGGAGCUGUGCUCGUGCGGCCUUGCCGUCUGCACCGGUGAGGACUCGGCCCGCAACCGCGCCUACUGCGCCUCGCUCUCCGCCGGCCUGGCCACCGCCACCGGCGCUGGUGCUUCCGGGGCCACCGGCCUCGCUACCAGCGGUGUUGCCCGUCCUACCUCGGCUGUUGGCGGUGCUGGCAGCAACUCGACCUCCACUACCCCCAUCGUUACCGGUGCCGCUGCCUCUGUCGGUGUCAGCGUGCUCGGUGCGGCGUCUGCUUUCGUUUCUUACCUCCUGAUGUAA